AUGAAUGUAAUAUUUAAAUUGUAUUUAUCGCUGGAUGCGCCAAAAGAGAAAGACAAAGAGACUUCUUGUCGAAUUGUUUCUUCCAUGCCACACAGGUUAACCUCAAAUCAAUUAAUUCUUAAAGUCUAG